AUGAGGAGGUUUCUGGUUCCUAGAACAAGUAUUGAGAAAGUGAAUGUUAAGCAAUCGGAAGCCGAAGUAGAAGAAACACCCCCUAAUGUGGCCAACGAGUUUAAUCCAAAUGAGAUUGUGCGUGAUCCAGGAUGUAGGAAACAAAUUCACGAGUAUGCUCCUGAUAUUCAAGACCAAGUGAGGAGGGCAUAUAUAUUGAAGGGUCCAACGCAACCAGAUUUAGCAAGAUUUCCUCGUACUCAAUUUGGGAAGUCUUCAAGAGCAUUUUGUAAAGCUUGGUAUAAGAGUUAUACAUGGAUUGAAUACAGUGAGUCAAAGGAUGCAACUUAUUGUUUCUAUUGCUUUCUCUUUAAGCCUCCCGGGAGGGCCGAACACUUUGGUUAUGAAGUCUUCAACAAAGACGGAUUUAAAGAUUGGAAGCAUGCAUCUAAAGCCUUUAAAGAUCAUAUUGGUAGUCAUGAUAGUAAGCACAACUCAUGUAUGAAGCACUAUGAUGAUUAUAAUAAUCAAAGACAAAGUGUGACAAGUAUCUUUGCUAGAGCAACUAGGGAAUCAGAAGAAUUGUAUAAGAUCCGUUUGACUUGUUCUUUAGAUUGUACUAGAUAUCUCAUAGCACAAGGCAUUGCUUUCCGUGGCCAUGAUGAAAGCUCUACUUCUCUAAACAAGGGAAAUUUUAGAGAGAUGGUGGAUUGGGUAAAAUCUAAUGAUGAAAAAGUAAGAGAUGCUUUUGACCGUGGUCCAAAAAAUUGCACAAUGACUUCCGGUGACAUUCAAAAGGAGCUUGCAAUGUGUUGUGCACAUGAAGUCACCAAGGUGAUUAUGGAAGAGCUUGGUGAUAGACAAUUCUCUGUGCUUAUUGAUGAGUCACGUGAUAUAUCUGUCAAAGAACAAAUGGCGGUGAUGUUGAGGUUCUUGAACGACAAAGGGAAAGUUGUGGAACGAUUUAUUGCUCUACAUCAUGUCAAAUAUACUACAUCUGAGGCACUAAAGGAUGCUCUUUAUGGUAUUCUCGAUCGCCACACGUUAUCUAUUUCAAGGAUACGAGGGCAAGGAUAUGAUGGGGCUUCAAAUAUGAGAGGUGAGUUUAAUGGUUUACAAAGAAAGAUUCUAGAUGAAAACCCUUAUGCUUUCUAUGUCCAUUGUUAUGCUCACCGUUUGCAAUUGGUGGUUGUGUCCGUUGCUAGUAGUUGCUCAUCUAUUCAUGAUUUCUUUGAGUACAUCUCCUUGAUUGUAACCACAACAAGUGCAUAUUGCAAGAGAAAUGAUGCUUUGAAGGAGGCACAACACCGAGAAAUUUUGAAUAGACUUGAGAGUGGUGAGAUAUCUCAAGGAAAGGGCUUGAGAUAUUAUGACGGGCCAUUAUAA